UUAAACCGUGCCACUAGCCCACUUUUUACUAUACUUUGAGAAAAACAAUGGCUUUUAAGAUUAUUUCAGGAAAGCAGAACAAACACCAUUUCACAAUCCCCAAUCUGAGGCAAGAGGAGGAAGCAUUCUACAUCCUAGGGAAAUAAAUAUCUCGUCCAUUAAGCCCACAUAUCAUACUCAGAAACUGUGGCAAUGAAUAGUAUGCAAUAUCAUACAUAGCCUAACUGUAAUUAUUUUUGUUCACAGGCUCAUGGAACCAUACCUGUAUGGCUGCCGAUUGGAACAAGAUAUUAUUGAUCUGGACCAGACCAUGGAGCACCUUCAGCUGGCCCUGAACUUCACCGCACAUUUAGCGUAUCGGGGGGGCAUCAUACUGUUUGUAAGCCGCCAGCGUCAGUUCAGCCAGCUGGUGGAGAGCACUGCUCAGGGAUGUGGGGAGUACGCUCACACCCGUUACUGGCAGGGCGGCCUCCUCACCAACGCCCCGAUCCAGUACGGCCCUGGGGUCCGCCUGCCAGACCUCAUCGUCUUCCUCUCCACUCUCAACAAUGUGUUUCAGCAGCACGUGGCAAUCAGAGAUGCAGCAAAGAUGAACAUUCCUACAAUUGGAGUGGUUGACUCAAACUGCAACCCCAGCCUGUUGACGUACCCCGUGCCCGGCAAUGAUGACACGCCUAUUGCCAUGGAGUUAUACUGUCACUUAUUCAAGAUGAUUAUCAAUCGUGCUAAGGACAAAAGGAAACGCAUGGAGCUACUGCCGUCCGCUGCUUCUCUUAAUACCUCUGAAUUAUUGAAAAAGAAAUCUGAAUAGUGUUUGGGGGGGAAGGCAAGAAUGCUGUCUUAUGUUAAGGGUUGCAACUCAAAAUUCAAAUUAUUUUAAUAAUCGAUUAAUCUGCCACUUCUGGACUAUAAAUUGUGAAAAAUGUCCAUUCCAGUUUCUCAAGAUGUCAUGUUUUGUCAGUCAAUAACCCAAAAGUUUCAGUUUAAUUUGAUAUAACAGAAUAAAGGACAACAUAUACAUAUUUGAAAGGCUGGAAAAAGCUUUUUUGCCAUUUUUGUAAAUUACCUAAGCAAUUAAUCGAUUAUCAGAAUAUUUCUCAGUAGAUUUACUAAGCGUUGCAACUCCACUAAUGUUAAGACUGAAGUUGUGUGUAUAUUAUUAUUAUUAAAGGAAUCUUUUUAUUACG